GGUCUGUGGUGACAAGAGACCAAAGGCCCCGGAGAGGGCGGAGCCGCGGCAGCCCCCCCGGCAGCAGGCUGCCCAGGCCGGAGACGGGGCGGAGCGCGGCCCGAGCGGGAAGCGGGCACCGCCCUCAGUGCUCCCCGCCCGGCCCGAGCGAGGCGGCGCGGACUCCGCGCCAUGGGGCGGCUGGUGGCUGCGAGCCUGCUGGGGAUCGCGCUGGCGCUCCUGGGCGAGAGGCUCCUGGCGCUAAGGAAUCGACUUAAAGCCUCCAGAGAAGUAGAAUCCAUAGACCUUCCAAACUGCCACCUCAUUAAAGGAAUCGAAGCUGGCUCUGAAGAUAUCGACAUACUUCCCAAUGGCCUGGCUUUCUUUAGUGUGGGUCUAAAAUAUCCAGGACUCCACAGCUUUGCACCAGAUAGGCCUGGAGGAAUACUAAUGAUGGAUCUAAAGGAAGAAAACCCAAGGGCACUGGAAUUAAGAAUCAGCCGUGGGUUCAGUUUGGCUUCAUUUAAUCCACAUGGUAUCAGCACUUUUAUAGACAGAGAUGACACAGUUUAUCUCUUUGUUGUAAACCACCCAGAAUUCAAGAAUACAGUGGAAAUUUUUAAAUUUGAAGAAGAAGAAAAUUCUCUUUUGCAUCUAAAAACAAUCAAACAUGACCUUCUUCCAAGUGUGAAUGAUAUUGUAGCUGUUGGACCGUCACAUUUCUAUGCCACCAAUGACCACUAUUUCUCUGAUCCUUUCUUAAAGUAUUUGGAAACAUACUUGAACUUACACUGGGCAAAUGUUGUUUACUACAGUCCCAAUGAAGUUAAAGUGGUAGCGGAAGGAUUUGAUUCUGCAAAUGGAAUCAAUAUUUCACCUGACAAAAAGUAUAUCUAUGUUGCUGAUAUACUGGCUCAUGAAAUUCAUGUUUUGGAAAGACACCCUAAUAUGAAUUUAACUCAAUUUAAGGUACUCAAGUUGGAUACACUGGUGGAUAAUUUAUCUAUCGAUCCUUCCUCGGGGGACAUCUUAGUAGGCUGUCAUCCUAAUGGCCAGAAGCUCUUCGUUUAUGACCCGAACAAUCCUCCCUCAUCAGAGGUUCUCCGUAUCCAGAAUAUUCUAUCGGAGAAGCCUACAGUGACUACAGUUUAUGCCAACAAUGGAUCUGUUCUCCAGGGAAGUUCUGUAGCCUCAGUGUAUGAUAGGAAGCUGCUCAUAGGCACUUUAUACCACAGAGCCCUGUACUGUGAACUUUAAACUGUACUUUGGGUAUGCAAUUAAGUUUUCUAAGAAUUACUAAUUCUGAGGGAAUUUAACCAGCAAAGGUAACCCAUAAAUGUCUGACAUGUAUAGUUAAUUUUAUUUCAGUAUGGAAAUGUCCCUUCAGUUCUUAUAGCACUUUUAACAGAAAAGGAAAAUGAACCAUUUUUGAAAAUGCCUAGUAAAAGAGAGAGAAGAAAGCUGCUUUCAGUAAAGAGAAUACACUUUGUACAAGAUAAGCCUUUCCUCUACUUUCCAGCCACCAGAGCCUGAAUGCCACUGAAACAGGGUAGAGUCUAUUUCCUUAAAAUGUAGUGACCUCCUCUCCAACAGUGUGACCACUGUGACUGUUCAGAACUACUGACUAAUAACAUGUUUAGUACUUACAUCUUGGUUUACUAUUAAAGAGUUGGAGUUAUAUUAAAAACUAACUAAAAUCCAACUUUGUCUGUAUUUAACUCCCAAGGAAGGUCUUCCGGGGGAAUGGAGAGUGGCCACUUCCCUGUGGGGUCUCCCUGAGGUAGGCAGGCAUAGCAAUGUUCAUUUCCCUCAUGGAAAACUGAAUAUAAGUGAGGUCUUUUUUUGAGUAAAAUAAAACAACGAAUAAACGAAAUAUGGCAACUCUAUUCUCAAUUAGCACAGAGUGUUCCAUCAGCAGUCUUCCUGAAUGGAAGCCCGCCUUGCAUACAAAGAGGAAAUGAAAGACUGGAGCUCAAGGUCAUGCCACCUCCUCUUGGGACACAACUGGGAACGUCCUCAGGAGAGAUGAAGUCACUGGCCGGGGCUGCCUGGUUAAUCCUAACGAUGCUAGGGCCAGGCCCACGGGUGCCUGCCUCACAGGGGAGUCCUUUCCACUCACUAUAUGGCCUGUAAAACCCUCUAAAGCACUGGAGAGACUUUCAUAUGUUUCUAUUCAUUCUAACUUAUAAAGCAUUUUACUUCACUUCUCA